GACAGCACCCAAGCUUGGACAUCGUCCAAGAACCGUGCUCUAAACUUGCAGCGAGUGACGUGUUACUCCAGGAUAACUAAUCGCUGUGAAUCACAUUCCUCUACCGUGGGCAGGUAGUACGCGCUGAAACGUCAUGCAUUUCCGCGAACGUAUCACUGGGAAAUCAUAAUCUCGCUCCGUUCAUAUAAACUCCGCGGCGUAUCGCGUGCCCGGCCAUUCAGUAACUCGAACAAGCCACCGUAUGUAUCGGCGUGCGUCUCGUCCAUCCGAAACACGAUUCACGGGAGCCUGGGCUCCUCGGAACAGAACGGAACGCCCUCCCUUUCUCUCCAGUGCCUCGACGCAAACUAGGGUUCCGCGAGAUGACGAAAAAUUACACGUUCUCCGCCGCCUGUAAAGCCUAUUUAAACGACGCGCCGUCCGCUUUAGGGAUCACUUACUGCGGCCAUAAAUAUGUAGAAGUCGAGAUGUUGUGAUGGCUGGUAGGUCGCGACGUUCGAGCACAGAGCUCGAACCAGAUUUAUCGACGCCAACUACCCCAAAGAGACCCAAGCAAUCCGAAGCCUCGUCCGAAUCGUCCGGAGAGGAGCAUCUAACGGAAGUGGAAAGUGCCGAGGCGCCGACGACAAGUGAGGUAUCUCCUCAGGCGGAGGUUGCGCUCGUCCGGAAAGAGGACAAACGAUCCUCAGAUGUUACGGAACAAGCGGGAACGUCGAAACAAUCGGUUCUGAUCGGUGAAACGUCCCCGAAAUCGACCCGCACGGAUCUCCCCGAACGAGAGAGCGGUGCCGCGCCGAUCGCGGCGGAAGCAAUCCCGAGUACCUCGGGGGAAGAACAGCCCGGCACGUGGAAAUUCAUUGUGAUGAAGUACAGCGAUCAGGGCGAGCUGUCUGGCCCUUCUGGAAAGAGACCAGAGGAGACGACGGUACAAAGUUUCUUGCUGCGCGAACACGCGUCGUUCGAGGAUCUCUCCCUUAUCGGGAACGGCGCUUACGGGACGGUGUACAAAGCUAAGGAUAAGACCAGCGGUCAAAUCGUCGCGCUUAAGAAAGUCAGGAUACCUCUGACGGAAGACGGUCUGCCUACUUCCACGCUGAGGGAGAUUGCCGCCCUGAAGUCGCUCGAACGAUACGAACACCCGCACAUUGUCAGAUUAUUGGAUGUCUGCCAAGGAGAUUAUCUUGAUUUACCGUCGGUUGAUGGUGGACGAUCCGAAAGGCUGGACCGCGGUCUCACCCUCUGGUUGGUGUUUGAACACGUGGAAAGAGAUCUCGCUUCGUACAUAGCUCAUUGCCGGAGUAGCUCGCCGCGAUCGAGCAUCCCGCCGUAUCUCGUGAGGCAAAUGUCGAAAGAGAUACUCUAUGGGGUAGAGUUCCUACAUAGCCAUAGGAUAAUGCACAGAGACUUGAAGCCGCAAAACCUUUUGGUAACGCGGGAAGGAACGAUCAAGAUCGCGGAUUUCGGUCUGGCCAAGACUUACGACUUUGAGAUGAGAUUAACUUCCGUGGUUGUAACCCAAUGGUAUCGAGCACCCGAAGUACUUUUAGGAUGUUCCUAUGCUACUCCUGUAGACGUUUGGUCUGUCGGAUGCAUACUGGCAGAACUUUGCAAGCUACAACCGUUAUUCCCAGGUACUAGCGAGGGUGAUCAACUGGACAGGAUUUUCGAAGUUUUGGGUACUCCGUCGCAGCAGGCGUGGCCGGAGAAUGUAUCGCUCAAUUGGACAGCUUUCCCGUACAGACCACCCAAAUCUCUCGGUGCAAUAAUACCAGAUCUCAAUGAACAUGGAUUAGACUUAGUAAGGAGUAUGCUCAUGUUUGAUCCUCAUAGUCGUAUAACUGCAGCUCAAGCCGUAAGACACCGAUACUUUUCCGAGGAGGACGUACAAUGACUGUUCCAUAAGUUAUCUAGACUUAUUGCUGGAUUAACUGGCAAACCCAGACUGACGUAAUUAUAUUCAAGAAGAUAAGUAUAUAUGACAUUCAAGCGUCCACAGUAUAAAAGAUUUAAGUACACACGUAGAAUUACUAGUAACACGUUGAUUAUUAAAUAUCUAAUAAUCCGAGUAUUAGCAAUCACUCGUGCGUAUAAAUGCUACAUAAUUAUUAAUUCAUUCAGCAUUUAAAUUUGUAUUGAAUAGUAGUCAUUAUCCCUUACUUUCAUACAACCUGGCCUUGUGUAAUUAAGUUGUUAACGGUAAAAAUAAUAAGCUAACGAGUUUGCGAAAUAGGAGUAUAAGUCAUAAUAUUUAAGUUAAUUUAUCCUACGUAUACCUUUAUGUACAAUGUAAAGACGAGACGAUUAUUAUUAUUAUUUUUGAUAUGUUAUUUAUUUACAUAAUAAUGUCUCUUAAUGUUUCAGCCAGUCGUCUUUUUAUAACAUUAUACAAUAUUAUGACAUGAUUUAUACCUCUCAGUAAUUCUUUUUUUUUUUGUUUAUUUCACAGCAGUUAUUACUUAGCAGUUAAUAGUUUAAUUGUAUGCACAACAUUUAUAUUACUUACGUAAGAUACGCAUAGCUGCGGCGUAAAUCCUAUUAGAAAUACAAAAGCGAUUAAUGCACAUACCCUUUUAGUUUUACGGUUCGAUGCGAAAUUAGUGUAAAUCUAAGGUAACGCUAUGUAUAUUUUUUACAAGUAGAAUUACUUUUCUAAGACUGGGGCCUUUGCGACCCGUUAGGGAAUGAUUUAAGGAUCUUCCGGAGAAAACCAGAAAGCGCACUGCCAUUAUACUUUUGUAUGUACCACGAGCCAUUGCAAUCAUUAAUAGCGUAUUUUUACUAAUGUACAAUAUCGACGAUACGUGUAUAAAGCAAUAAGUUACAAUAUUUAUGUACCUUUAGGAUGCAUUAUUGUGUUAAGAAUGUCGAAAAUGGAUAAGCGCAUUAUUAAGAGAAGACUGUCCUACGAAAUAAAAGUUUUGUAGUUUUAUCAUGCAAAA